AAAUUGUUUAGGAACUCUUGACCAUUAAAUGAGGUCUACGGUCUGUAUUGUCCGGGAAAAGCUUAGCUUUGAGGUUGGCAGAACUGUAUAUAUAACACCUCCCAUUUCUCCCUUCUCAAACAAUUCCAAAGCUCAAUCUUCCUUCCAUCUAAAAGCUCUGGCCUUAUCAAUCAUGGCUGCCAUUAACAAUUGUGCCACGGCCUCCGCCGUUGCUUUGCUCAUCUGUUUUCUCGCUGUCAUUCCGGAGCCAUCCUUUGGGGAACUAGUUAAGGAGCCGCAGGUUGUCCUCGAGUACCACAAAGGCACCCUUUUGAAGGGCUCGAUCACCGUUAAUCUUAUAUGGUACGGGAAGUUCACGCCCACCCAACGCUCUAUAAUCGUUGAUUUUCUUGAGUCCCUUAAGACGGUAGAUGCUCCGACGCCUUCUGUUGAGUCUUGGUGGAAGACCACUGAGAAGUAUAAGGGUGGAGGACCCUCCACUAUAGUCAUUGGAAAACAAAUACUCGAGGAAAACUGCUCGCUCGGAAAGACACUCAAGGAUGACCAAAUUGUGCAAUUGGCGUCCAAGGGUGGGAAUACUGAGGGGUGUGUUAAUGUUGUCUUGACCGAUAAAGAUGUUUCUGUGGACGGGUUCUGCAAGAGGUGUGGCUCUCACGGGUCGACGGCAGGGGAGAAACAGGUUGCAUACGCCUGGGUGGGUAACUCGGAGACUCAAUGCCCGGGGCAAUGUGCAUGGCCGUUUCAUAAGCCCAUUCAGGGCCCUCAGACACCUCCUCUAGUCGCGCCCAACGGAGAUGUUGGCAUCGACGGGAUGAUCAUCAACCUCGCCACCGUCUUGGCGGGAACCGUGACGAACCCGUUUAAAAACGGCUAUUUCCAAGGUCCAGCCGAGGCUUCGAUGGAGGCAGUCAGCGCCUGCACGGGGAUGUUCGGGACGGGGUCUUACCCGGGAAACCCUGGUAAAGUCCUGGUAGAUAAGACCACGGGGGCCAGUUACAAUGCGCAUGGUGCGAACAAGCGAAAGUUCUUGCUCCCAGCCAUGUGGGAUCCCGCGAAGUCUGCAUGCGCACCACUCGUCUGAGGUGGACAACUAUAUCCAGUUUGCAAGGGAAAUGUUAAAUGAUAAAACUAAAACUCAAUUAAGAUUUACAAAUUCAAAAUAUAAUUGAAAUCUUUUAAAUUUUAAAAAGUAGGAAAUAAAAACAAAUAUGAAGAAAUUAUUAGAUGAGUAAUAAGUGUAUGAUGAAUUUAAUUUGUAUGCAUUGUAUAUGUAUUUAUAAAUCAAAUGAAAAUUUUGUGUACUUAUUUAUUAA